AUGGAGCCCAUCUCUGAAAUACCCAUUACGUUUUGGCUCUCCAUCUGUCAGAUUGUAGUCUUGACUGCUAGUUCCUUGAUCUUCUCCAUACAACGAGCCUACAGUCAUCGCCAACAGCGCAAUGCAGAUCCAUCCGUGCCCAUCAAGAAAGACACAGAAAGAGACAUUGUCAACAUGCCUUUUGCCAAUGGAAAUCGCUUGCAUCGGCUCAAUUUUGAAACGUUGGUACUGACAAUCAUUUCAGUCUAUGUAUUUUAUGUCCAUAUACAACAACAGCAACAACCUCAGCAUGAUGCAGUAUAUAUCGCCAUCGGAUCUGCCUUCACCUUUAUCACUUGGAUUUACUGCUUGGUGUUAUCAAUGACAGCCAUUAGAUACCCGUUGCCCAAUUUAGUAGGCUGGACAUUGAAUGUACAUCUCUUUGUUUUAUAUCUGAUAUUAUGGGUUUCUUCCAUCGGUAAUGCGCUGGUGUCAUGGUAUCAAACAUCCACUGUAUCCUUGAUAUCAAUACUGCCCGUCGUUAUUGGGCUGGAUCUUGUGUAUACAACAGCGACUGUAAAAAGAGGCUCUCCCUUUCUAGAUGAGCACCAUCAACCUGUGAUUUCCAGUAACGUGGAAUCCAUCAUUGGCACCCUGUAUUUCUUCUGGAUCACUCCCAUCAUCAAUACAGUCAACUCAAAAGGGAAAGAUCUGACAGACGAUGACUUAUCCAGACUGCCCACCACGCAUAGACCUUUUAAUCUCUUCUACUGCUUUGGUGCUAGCCGAGGAAAACGAUUACUGUAUCGCAUCUAUCUAGCCAACCGAGCAUCUCUGAUUGUUCAAUUAUCUUUGUCUAUCACUAUUGCGUUAGUCAUGUAUGGCCAGCCUUUGUUUUUGAACAAGCUGCUAUUGCUGAUUCAGGAUAUGUCUGUCGGAGGCGCGGAUGACCGGUCAUUGAUCUUGGGAUUUGGCUACAUUGUUGGCAUGGCGUUAUUCAACAUAUUCAGUAGUCUUGUUAUCGCACAAUUAUGGUUUUAUGCACAAUCAUCCGUUCAGAUUCGUAUCAGAUCCAUGCUCAACAUAGAAUUGUAUAGAAAAACACUGCGUCGCAUGGAUACUUCCAUCUCGUCCGGCAAAAAAAAGCCCUCUACCGCAGACAAGAAAGAGAAGGGCAAUACUGCGGGUAUAGAUGAAGGCAACGUUAGUUCGGCCACAGGUCUCAUUGUCAAUCUGAUGAGCACAGAUGCCGCUAGAAUCGCUGAUUUUGCAACGCAAUGGAACACUUUGGUGAGAGCACCCACUGAGCUGGUGUUUGGUAUCUAUUUUCUGUACCGUUUACUGGGCUGGUCAAGUAUAAUGGGUCUUUUGGUGAUUGUAGCGACUGUGCCUCUCAAUCAUUUCAACACAAAGUGGUUCAUCCGUUUGCAAGCUCAGCUUAUGAAGACGAGAGACAAGCGAGUUUCCUUGAUGAAUGAAGUGUUGCAAGGUAUCCGUCAAAUCAAGUUUUUUGCUUGGGAGUCCAACUGGUCAAAACGCAUUCUAGAGUCAAGAGAUGCCGAGUUACGCUGUAUCAAAAAGGGCUACCUGUCUGAGGUGGUGUUUCUGGUGCUAUGGCAAGGUACACCGCUGAUGGUGACUACAGUGGCAUUUUGGUCAUUCACCAAGUUACAAGGUGAGCAACUCACUGCUCCUAUUGCAUUUACAUCCAUUGCCAUCUUUAAUGAACUACGGGCUGCGUUCUCCAUCAUCCCUGAAGCCGCUGUUCGAUUAUUUGAAACACUCAUCAGUGUGAAACGUAUUGAAGACUACUUGAAUGAGGAUGAAGUUAGCACAGACACCACUAUUGACCCACACAGCGAUGCAGUCAAGAUUGGCUUCUCAAACGCCACCGUGUGCUGGCCAACGAAUAAUACAGACAGCGAGGAAACGGUGGACACUGAUUCAAAUGUAACUGCAGACGAUGACGACUUACAGGAGGACAACACCUUUACACUAAAAGAUCUCAAUGUUGUCUUUCCCAAUCAGCAACUAUCGCUCAUCUGUGGCGGCACUGGCUCUGGUAAAACACUACUGAUGUUGAGUCUCUUGGGCGAAACAGAGAUCAAGCAAGGCGCUGUGUUUUGUCCUCGAUCUGCUACUCCCUCUACACUGGAUGAUUCCACUGCCAUCACAUCCAUUCAUCUUUCUGAACAAGACAGCGACCACACUGUACCUCCCAAAUGGAUUUUGCAAGAUGCCAUUGCGUAUGUUGCUCAAACUGCUUGGCUGCAGAAUGCGUCUAUCAAGGACAACAUCUUGUUUGGACUCCCUUUUAUCGAAAAGCGAUACAAUGCUACAUUAGCAGCAUGUGCGCUAGUUAAGGACUUAUCGUAUCUUGAAGAUGGUGAUGCUACAGAAAUUGGCGAAAAAGGCAUCACUUUGUCGGGCGGACAGAAGGCGCGUGUUUCGUUAGCGAGAGCAGUGUACUCGAGAGCACACAAUGUAUUGAUGGAUGACGUCUUGAGUGCUGUAGAUGCGCAUACGGCCAAACAUUUAUACCAGCAAUGUCUGUUGGGCCCAUUAAUGAAGAACCGCACUCAAAUCUUGAUUACGCAUCAUGUCAAUCUGUGUAUUCAGGGGAGUGCUCAUGUUGUAUAUAUCAAAGAGGGUCGCAUCCAACUGUCUGGCUCUCCAGCUGAUAUCAGGCAAGCGGGCAAACUGGAACUGAUCUUUGAAGAGAACUUUGCAGAACAAGAGGAGGAGGAGGAGGAAGAGGUUAAAGAGGAUCAACUUUGCAACGUAGAAGACCAGCAAGAACAAGCACUGGAAAGAAAGGCGCCCAAAGUGCUGGUCGAAAAGGAAGGCCGCGCUCAGGGCAAAGUCAAAUUUACACUGUAUCGUCUCUAUUUCAAGCUGGUGGGAAGCUGGCUCUUUUGGAUCUUCUUCUUUUUUACCGUGUUUACAGCUAGAAGCCUUGACAUUACCUCCACUUGGUGGUUGAAAACGUGGGCUCAGUCCUAUGAAAGCAGCGACCACAACGUGGCUUCCUUUGCCAUUGAGAACAGUAUCAACCAAGCAUCCACUCGCCUUCACCAAAGCGUCUUCAUUUCUGCAUUUACUCUGGAAAGCGAUCAUACGCAUGAUACAAGCUACUAUCUCAACAUUUACGUCCUUAUCAAUCUAGUCAACAUCCUCUUUGGUCUUACAAGAUACAUUACGACCUUCUCUGGCGGUAUUCGUGCUGGUAGAAAACUCUACAUUCUCUUGCUCGACCGUGUAUUGAAAGCUCCUUUACGUUUCUUUGACACAACACCCAUUGGCCGUGUUGUCAACCGCUUCUCCAAGGAUUUUGAAACCAUUGAUACAUCUGUUCCAUUUGACAUGGUGCAAUUCUGUGUUCAAUGGACGACUGUGAUAUCCAUUCUUUUGGUAGCCACGUCUGUAUUGCCUGUACUGAUUGUGCCCAUGAUCCUGGUUGCCUUAACCAACAUCUACUUUGGUUUGCGCUUUGUGGCAGCAUCGCGUGAACUGAAGCGCAUGGAUUCUGUCAGUCGAUCUCCACUGUUUACUCACUUUAGCGAAAGCAUUGUUGGUGUCGCUACGAUUCGUGCAUUUGGUAUGACACAGCAUUUUAUGCUGGACAUGCUCAACAAGAUUGAUACCAACUCGCGUCCCAUGUACUACGCUUACAGUGUCAGUAGAUGGGUCAGUGUGCGUAUUGCUCUCAUGGGAUCGCUGAUUACUCUUCUUACCGGCAUCUUUAUCCUUGCCAACCUGGGUAACAUGGAUGCUGCCAUGGCAGGUUUUUGCUUGUCCUAUGUCACUGUAUUUACCGACAUGAUUUACUGGGGCGUAAGAAGAUACACUGCCCUUGAAAUGAAUUUUAAUUCUGUUGAGCGCGUAGUCGACUUCCUGGAAAUGGAUCAAGAAGCUCCUGCUGUAACAAAUGUGAAGCCGCCCUUGGAGUGGCCCAAUCAAGGUGCCAUCAAAGUAGACAACCUGCAUGUGAGAUAUGCUGCUGAUUUCGAACCAGUGCUCAAAGGCUUGACAUUCUCCAUUAAACCUAUGGAGAAGGUGGGCAUCGUAGGAAGAACAGGUAGUGGUAAAUCGACCUUGGCUCUCUCGUUCUUUCGAUUCAUUGAAGCCUCAGAGGGAAGCAUUCUCAUCGAUGAUAUUGAUAUUUCAAAGAUUGGCACCAAGGAUUUGAGAAGCAAUCUUACCAUUAUUCCUCAAGAUCCUGUAUUGUUCUCAGGCACACUAGGUUCUAAUAUGGAUCCCUUUAAUCAAUUCACUCAAGAAGAAAUCUUUACUGCUUUGCGUAGAGUUCACUUAUUGAACGACACAUCGGAUCAAGAUGUCAAUCAAAACGUAUUUAAAGAUUUGACGACAUCUGUGAGCGAAGGAGGCAAGAACUUUUCUCAGGGCCAAAGGCAACUCUUGUGUCUCGCUAGAGCUUUACUCAAGCGUAGCAAGGUGGUUUUCAUGGACGAAGCUACUGCAAGCGUUGAUUUCGAGACGGAUAAGGCUAUUCAAAAGACCAUUACGACUGAAUUUAAAGACUCCACCAUCUUGUGUAUUGCUCAUAGACUCAAUACUAUUAUUGAGUAUGACCGCAUCUUGGUAUUAGAUCAUGGUGAGAUAGUAGAAUUUGCAAGUCCUUUGGAGCUCUUGCAAGAUGAAGACUCGGCCUUUUACAAAAUGUGCCGCAAUUCAGGUGAAUUUGACAACCUUCUGGAUUUAGCAAAGGCCAAACAUCAGCUGGUGGAUAUUUCUUGA